CUAGAACAGAACACGCAAACCAGACCACAAGAAAGACGACUAAAUCCACCACUCAACAAGUCAUACCUGUCAACACUACCCGGAGACUAGUACACCAAGCCUUACGUGCAGGUGUAGAAGAGUGUGUCAUACAAAACUUUGUGCCAACAUCAUCUCCAUCAACAGUCUAUUCUGAUGGCACCAUCACAGAUUCAGAUUGCGACCUCGUCACUGCAGCGUCUGCUCAAGGAAGAGGCCUCUUACUACAAAGAACAAGAGCAGCAGGAAGCGAGAAUCCAAAAGCUCGAGAAGCAAGAUCCAGCUACCUCCGCUGACAGUGAUGGCAAUCAAGCUUUCCUCUUGAAGCAAGAGCGUCGAGCCCUGGACGAGACCAAGGCAGUCAUCCCCGCUUUGCGCGAACGCAUUACCAGUGCCCGCGAGAAAUUGGAGAGUCUCUUGGAUACGGCCAGUACGGACGAGGAACGAAAUACCGCCUUUGACGUUCUCAAAGCAGCCAAAGAAGCGCAGAAAGAUGACCCUAUUGCCGGCCAGUAAAGCACCCCUUAAGGGCCAGACGGGCUGUCCGAAUAUAUCAUCCCCGGAAGCCCCACCAGAUACCUGACAAUUUCACGGCUUCGGUGCUGCAACGGACUCGGUUCGAUAGUCUAGCCUCUCCGUACGGCAUGCCUGCUGCCUGCGUUCAACGAUCUGUCCAUCCCCAGACGGAACGGCGACACAAUCUACAUGUAACAAUAUCAACAUGAUAUCAAAAAACCACGAGUUGACUUGGCUCAGAAUGCAGUCUGCUGUAUGACAGGGUCUGGUCCAUGGCCGAGGUCCAUGGUCUUGGGGGUAUCUAGUGUAACAUUUCUCCUUGCCUCAGCAAUCAGGACUGGGCAACUUCCAGACACAGAACCAAUUCCUUCACGUCAUGUCCAUCGCAUCGCUUGGCUUCUCCACCACGACCCUGGGCAAUGCAUCUUCGGCCUCUCCAGAUUUCACUUCCUCCAUGUCGAUAUCUUCUUCUAUCACCCUAAGAGGGGUUGCAUCACCGACAUUCG